UAAAUUUCGCGCAAAAUGGUAAGGUGCACUUGGACUUUGCCCCGUGGUGUACAAAUAAUGUGCGGGACAAAUAUAUCCUUGUAAUCCCCGACUAGUUAACGGUGGACGGAAGAAGCACAGUGUACCUUCAGUGAAGAAGUAGUUUACUAAAUUUUUGGUUUUGCUAAUCUCCAUGUCAUAAACUGGUAAGGGCCUUCGUGUGUCUCAUUUCCAUAAAAUACGGAAACUAUGAAGUGAAAAAAUUAACCGAAAAAAAAAUAACGAUAGACUGCGGCCAAGACAUCCUUGACGAACUGUGGCAAACACUAAAUUUGCAGGUGAAAGUUGAUCAUUAGAAGACCUUCAUGACAGGCAUUUUAUAAAGUUGUGAUUCUUUAGCAUGGCAGAAGCCCAUUCAGCAGUUGCCUUCUCAUUCACAGUCACACCUGAGGGUGUUGAUGUAAAGCUCAACCAUGAAGCUCUUCAUGCUGUAUGGGAGAGUGGUGUUCUUUCUUGGAAAAAGCGUAUAGGAAAAUGGAAGAACAAUUUCCGAAAUGGGGUGUUUCCUGCCUCUCCUAUAUCCUGGUUAUUCACAGUCACUCUUAUGCUGGGUUUGAAACUGGCAGGUUGGGAUCCGUCCUGUGGACUCAUUGGUCUUCUUCACAUGCACACACCUGUGAUAAAUAGCUACUCCUUUUCAGUAGGCCAGUACCUCAGCACUUUGUUGCAUGGCACGCUGCUAUGGAUCUUGAUCAUCAUAAUCAUCAAAUACUUUCUGCGGCUUCUUCUUACCUACCAUGGCUGGAUGUACGAACUGCAUGGCAGGUUUUCUAUCAAAACUAAGCUUUGGGUUAUGAUGAUUCGCAUGUUUGGUGGACGUAAGCCCAUGCUGAACAGCUACCAGGCUUCUCUUCCUAAACUUCCUGUACCUGCUUUGAAAGAUACUUUGAAAAGGUACCUUGAAUCUGUGCGACCAUUGAUGGGUGACCAGCAAUAUGCACGCAUGGAAAAACUGGCAAAGGAGUUUGGGAAUGGUCUUGGCAAAAAGCUUCAGCGAUAUCUUGUGCUCAAAUCCUGGUGGGCAACCAAUUAUGUUACAGACUGGUGGGAGGAGUAUGUCUACUUGCAUGGCCGGUCACCAAUCAUGAUCAACAGUAACUUUUAUGGGAUUGAUGCUGUUUUAGUGAAGCCAACAAACCAGCAAGCAUCACGGGCAGCCAACAUCAUCUGCAUCAUGCUUAAGUGUCGCAGAGAAGUGGAUCGUGAAGAGCUGAAACCAAUCUUGCUGAACAAGACAGUGCCUCUGUGCUCAGCCCAGUAUGAGAGACUGUUCAACACAACACGCAUCCCAGGCAUUGAGACUGAUACCAUAAUGCAUCUGAAGGAUUCAAACCAUAUUGCUGUGUAUCACAAAGGCCGCUACUUCAAGAUGUACAUCCGUCACAAAAGGCGCAUUCUCAAGCCAGUGGAGAUAGAGACAAUGAUUCAGCGUAUCCUUGAUGAUGACUCCCCACCAGCACCUGGGGAGGAGCAUCUGGCAGCUCUCACAGCUGUAGAGAGAGUGCCCUGGGCAAAAGCACGCAAAGAGUACUUUUCAAAAGGAAAAAACAAGGCUUCCUUAGAUGCCAUAGAAAAGGCUGCUUUUGUGCUCAGUCUGGACACCGAAGAACAGGACUAUUGUCCCGAUGACCCCACUGCACUAGAUCGGUAUGGUCAAGCCAUGCUUCAUGGAAAGGGAUAUGAUCGCUGGUUUGACAAGUCUUUCACUUUGGUUGUGUGCCCUAAUGGCCGUGUGGGUUUCAAUGCUGAGCAUUCAUGGGCUGAUGCGCCAAUCAUGGCACAUUUAUGGGAGUAUGCCAUCACAGAUGAAGUCUUUACUCUCGGAGAGAUAUACAGGCAUGAUGGACGCUGUAAUGGUGUCUUGGAAGGACCUCCUCCUAAUCCAAUCCGCUUGGAAUGGGAGUUCCCCAAGCCCUGCCUUGACCUAAUAGAGUCAAGUCGGUUCUUUGCUGAGAAGUUGUGUGAAGAUGUGGACUUGCAUAUCAUGAUGUUCAGGGAAUAUGGCAAGGGAUUCAUUAAAACUUGUAAAGUCUCACCUGAUGCCUAUAUACAGCUGGUUCUGCAACUUGCAUACUACAGGUCAGCUGGCAAAUUUUGCCUUACAUAUGAAUCAUCAAUGACACGUCUGUUUCGGGAGGGACGCACAGAAACAGUGCGUUCAUGCACAAAAGAUACCUGUGCCUUUGUAAAGGCCAUGGAAGCAAAAGCAGAUAAGCAGGAGCUGAUCCGCCUGCUAAAGGCUGCUGCUAAUACCCAUCAGGACUUGUAUCGAGAUGCCAUGACAGGCAAGGGGAUAGAUCGCCACCUCUUUUGUCUCUAUGUAACAUCCAAGUAUGUUGGAGAAGAUUCCCCCUUUUUGGCAGAAGUGCUUAGUGAGCCUUGGAGACUGUCCACAAGUCAGACACCUCACCAGCAGACAGACAAACUAGAUCUUCACAAGUACCCAGACAGGAUUUGUGCUGGAGGGGGCUUUGGUCCAGUCGCUGAUGAUGGCUAUGGUGUAUCGUACAUAAUUGCUGGAGAGGACACAAUAUUUUUCCAUAUCUCAUGCAAGAAGUCAUGUCCAUCUACGGAUUCUCACAGGUUUGGAUCCCUCAUCAAACAGGCCUUUGCAGAUCUGAGAGGAAUCUUUGAAAAAAAUUGAUAGCGUAGCUUCUUAAUAAGCAAUCUAACAGGCUUGGGUCUCGAAGCAAAGUCCUUGGCAGAUCUGAGAAGAGUCUUUGACAAAACUUGUAUGCUUGGCAAAGUUACUGUUGUAUGAGAACUCUGUAAGCAUGUUUAAAGGUACCAACUAACACUUUUUCUCUCAGCUUAUGUUGCAGCAUUAUGUAUUUUUCAGUCUCACAUAUACAUAUAUAUAUAUUUUGUUAUUCUACCGGUCCUUUUCCUAUCCCAUACUUAACCUGAUAUUUAAAGUACAUGGGAAGGUUGCUUCAUCAUUUUAAUGUACAGUGUAAAGGAUUGUGUCAAAGGUUAGAGCAUCAUGUCAUUGAUCACAUAUGUUGAUAUAUAUUAAGAGGACUUUUCCUGUAAAUCUAUCACCCGUUAUUUAUUCUCUGAACCUAAGUUUGCAAAAAAAUGUUAAGAAAAUCCAGAACAUUGAUUUAAAAAGGCUGUUAGAAUUUAUUGAAAAUUAUUAUUCCUAAUUAUGACUGUAUGAGUCUUUCAUUUAGUGAAAGAAUAAGCUCCAUCAAAAUUGAUCAAAGGGAUUAAUAAUGUUUGUCAUGAAGGGCUAAAUCUCUGGUUUCCAAAAUCCAGCUGUAUCAUUUGUGUUUUGAGUGUCAGUUGAUACUGAUAAUAAGCCUGAAUGCAUUAUUAUUGAUGAGAUUGUUUUUAUAGCAUUACAUAUUUGAAACUACUCCUUUUUCAAUAACAUAUUAACUGCAAGAAUUCAAGACAGCAGUUUAAGUGACACCUUGAUGUUAGCAGGAAAAAAAUACCUAGAACAUAAAAAUAUAUACUUACAUAAAUGUCUGCAUAAAUUUUUUCAAGAAUUAAGUCUCUAAUUAAUAAAUUAAUUUCUGAAGUAAAUUCUGUAACUGAUUUAGAAGAAUAUGUGUGAAGGUUUCAAGGACCAAAAGAAAAUGCUUGUGAUGUUUUGAACCACUAUUUACAUUUUAUCAGCAUGAGAUUUGCAAGUGGCAUUUAAGAUGGAUUCAUUCCCAUACAAGGUUAAGCCCUAAGAAAUGUGUAUAGACAUUGUUGUUUGAAUAAGAUUCUCCAGCAUUAGUGUACUGGAAGUUUCUUUUUUUGUUUUUGUUUUCUAUGGUGUUUUUUAUGAUUUAAAUUCAGUGCAACAGAGCUGCUCAGUAGAAUGUCGCAGAUUGUUUCAUAAGUUACAUAUGAGUCUUAUGUGUACUGUAUUUGGGCCAAAAGUCUGCUUGUUAUCAAAGAAAGACUUUUGUGGUUAAUUAAAGUUCACAUCUGUUUAGACUCGCCUGAGACCAGAAUGUCACACAAUCUAAUUAUGUGGAAAUUUGAUGCUCCGGUGAUGCCUUCUGUAUACUAGAAAACAUAUUUAUGUGGAUUUGAUGAUUUGUUAUUUUCACAAAAAGCGACCAUACAAAGAUCGGUAUUUUCUGGUAAAAGUUUAGCAUUGACAAAGAAUGACUCAAUAAGGUGACUUGUGGAUGACCAUGUUGAUGUGCAUUCAUUAUCCAAAAAGAUAAUGCUGUUCAAAUGAAACCCUUAUCCAGUGAUGCACUUUAUAUGUAACUGAAUAGUUCUGGUGAGGGCUAAUUUUUUUUCCAGAUGUUGCCAGAUGAUCUGUCCAAAGAACAAAACAUGAGUAUCUGCAAGCAUAAUGUUAAAGAUAUCUUGAAGGUUCAGUAUGCAUAUACAUUUUCUUUGACAGAGUUGUUGGGGAAUGUUCUCAAAAUGAUUGACCACCCUUUUGUAACUAUAAACAUUAGAAUCCUUGAGUCAUUUUAAUUUUGCAUACCAGUGUCAGGUACAACAAUUCUUAUUCCCUAAAGACCACAAGUAGGAACUGAUAAAUGCAGCCUCAGACAUAAUAAACAUUGUCUUUAUGGUGUUCUGACAGUUACUGUGUACCAGUAGCCCUCCUCCUAAGAAAACUGGCAGCUAUCUUUUGAUAGUUUUGCUACAAAAUAAAGAAUAAAUCUUAACUUUUCUUUCCAUUUUACUCUUCUUUUAAAGUCUGCUGCCAUUAUACAUUUUGUCCCUUUAAUGCUCAUCUGGCUGUGUUGUAGAAAGUUUUUUUUUUUACCUUUUAUGUUAUUCUAUAUUUGGAAACCAGUUACUGUACAUAUCUGUCUAAAUUAUUUGUGUGAAAGAAUAACUAGUGAAAACUUAACUACAUAUCUAUAAGCUAAAUCUAUGAGUGUUGUAAUAUUUUGUGAUUGUUAACAGAUUGGAAGCUAAUGCAGUCUGUUGACAGUGAUGGUUUACUGAAUAAUACCCUGAUUUAUUGAACUUAGAAGAGAGAAAACAAAGAGAAAUUAAAAUCUAGGAAACCAUAUGUGAUCAGUCAUGGAAAUGCAGUCUUGUAAUAAACAACAACAGGCUUUGGUGUGAAGAGGAAAGAAAGCUUUCUCUCAAGUUGGCUUGAAUAUAUUUAUAGCACAGUUGUAUCCUCAUGUUUAAGAUAGAAUAAAACUUCAUGCAGCCCAAGACAACCUGCAUGAUAUAUGGUGUCAAUUAUUUGUGUGUAUAUAUAUAUUUAGAGAAACUUGCAUACUUAAAGAGACUUGGGAUAGCAAACAAGUGAUCUGUAGAUUAUCUGUGUAGCAGACUAGCCUCAGAUUUCAAAUUCCUUCACAAUAGUGAAGUUUUCAACAUGCAAAUCACAAGUACAGCAGGAAAAACCAUGCAGCAAUAGUCAUGGGGUACUUUGUUGCAGCUAGAAUACUACUGCACAGAUACUAGCUCAAUUAAAUGGUCUUCUCAUAAAUCAUAAAACUGUUAAUGUUACCGAGUGCCCAUGAGGGGAUGUAUGCAUGUGUGUGUUUACAAUUUUUGAUGUUCAACGACUCAGCUCGGUGCAUGGUAUAUGGAAUCUUUUAGUAUUUAUAUCUAUCUGAUAAGUAUAUAUGCAUAUACACCUUCGUUACAAUUAUUUACAAGCCACAGAUUGGAUUUUGAUGUGCAUUCAAAUGUGGCAGUUGCUGAUUAAAUAAUUUAAUGUAUUCACAAUGUAAUCCUCCAUGGUUUCAUUGCUAGUGAAAAUCUUCUAGCUACAAUUCACAAAAUGGUAGCAACAGAAUAACUAUCAUGAAACCUGUCUAUGUGAUGUGAAAGAUGGCCAUUAUUUUAUCUUCAGUCGCCAGAAUCAUGACAUUUUGAUACAAAUGAAUAAUGGAAUUAAAAAUGUUAAAAAAACA